CUCGAUCAAUUCACUCCCGAAUCAGUCACAAUUCAGAACAGGCGUGUUUUGGUCCAUGCAUGUUAAGCCGACUUUAAAUUCGUGAACUUUUGUCCCCAUAAAGCAAUCUCUACAGUGGAUAGACAUCGACAAUAAUGUCCGGAUUUGUAGUGGGAGACUAUGUUGUAUUUUGUCUUACUAUCGCAGUUUCGUUGGGUAUCGGAGUCUACUAUGCCUUUGCCGGCCAAAAGACAACCUCGGAAUAUCUUGUCGGCAGUCGUCAAAUGAAGGUACUUCCGGUGGCAAUAUCCCUGAUGGUUUCAUUUGAAUCCUCAAUUAUGAUGCUGGGAUUUCCCGCCGAAACUUAUGUCCACGGAAUGAUGUUUUGGUUGUCGAAUUUCGGAUUUCUGACGUCAUGCAUUGUUGCUACACGUAUGGUUGUUCCACUAGUUCAUCCGCUGAAGAUUACUAGUGUAAAUGAGUAUUACGAAUUACGGUAUAACAGUCGAUCGGUACGACUUCUGAAUAUGGCGUUGGGCUACAUAAAUUAUAUAUUGUAUAUGGGCAUCGUGUUGUUCGGUCCAGGCAUUGCUUUGGAAUCAGUCACCAACUUUCCUAUGUGGGCCUCAGUCCUUGUAGUUGCCGCUGCUUCAGUAGUAUACACCUCUAUGGGUGGAAUAAAGGCAGUCAUAUGGACCGAUGUGUUCCAGAGCAUCAUCAUGUUUAUGGGUAUACUUGCUAUUCUUAUAAAGGGAACAAUGGUAGCCGGUGGAGUAUCUAAUGUUAUUGAAAUCAACAGGAAAACAGGAAGGCUGGAUAUAUUUGACUUUAACCCUGACCCGACCGUCCGCCACACCUUUUGGAGUCUGGUUGUUGGUGGCUGCCUCCGAAUGGUCAGCUUAAAUACAGGUCAAACUUCGAUACAACGAAUCGUCUCCACUCCAACUCAGAAGGACGCUAAUAGAGUGUUAUAUUUGGCCGGACCUGCAUUCUUCGUCACCCUGACUUUGGCUACGCUAGAGGGAGCAGUGGCAUAUGCCUACUUUACUUCUCUCGGAUGUGAUCCUCUUAAGUCGAAAAAAAUAUCCAACCCAAACCAGGUUGUGCCAUUCAUGGUUCUACAGAUUUUCCAAGAUUUUCCCGGAAUGUCCGGUUUGUUCAUGGCGUCGCUAUUCAGCGCCUCCUUAAGUACACUGUCGUCAGGGCUGAGUAGUUUGUCAGCAUUAACUAUAGAAGAUGUUGUUAGACCAAGAUUCAAGAAUUUGUCAGAGAGGUCCGUUACGCUGAUAGCAAAAUUAUCAGUGGUGGUGAUUGGAGCUCUUUGUGUUGGUGUGUCCUUUCUGAUAGCGAAGAUUAAAGGGCCAAUGUCACAGAUAACCUUCAGUGUCCUGGCCGCCUUUGGAGGUCCUGCAUCCGGGCUCUUCCUUUUCUCUGUAUUCUGUCCUUGGGGAAAUGCAAAGGGAGUUAUCAUAGGAACAAUGCUAACUGUAGUGGUUGGACUGUGGAUUACAAACGGAAAGAACUUCUCCACGACCCUGAAACGUUCCCCUGGACUUCCACCAGGUCCAACGGACAAAUGUUAUGACGUGGCGUUAAUGGAUAAUAUGACAUUUGCGAACACAACCCUGAUGACUAGUACUUCCUGGACAGAUUACUAUGACAUGGAGACAACGACAGAGUUUGUCAGUGCGUCGGUGUCCCAGGGACCACAAGGUUUGGAUCGUUUCUACUCACUAUCGUACCAAUGGCUGACUGGAUUCUUAAUACUCCUGUCACUCACUUUCUGUUCCAUUGCCAGUAUAAUAGUUGGUCGCCCCGAUCCUGCCACGGUAGACGUUCGGUACAUGCUUCCAUUCUUUGAUCAAUUUUUCCCGUUUCUACCCAAAAAGCUUCGAAAGAAGUUAUAUGGAGGAGUACCUUUUGAAAAGAGAGAAGAACUGCUGUCAAAAAUAGUCAACGUUCAAAAAUAUGAAAAAGAAUAUGAAGAUAUACAGUUGUCUGAGAAACAGAAUGGUCAGAUCGAGGACGAUAAGAAUCACGUGAUAAAUGAAUGCUCACCAUUAACAACAAUAGACAUAGAUCAGAGGGAAGACCCAGGAGAAGUAAUACCAGAUUCGAAAGGAAAAGGGGAACACGUGUAAACACUCUAAUUUCCAAGUCUAUAUUCACAAAGAUUACUUUUUCAGAUAUCAGUCUUAAAUGGUCAUAGGUUUAGUGGUUUUUAGGUCAUUAGAAUCAUUGAUUUACAGAGAAAUUUCUACUAGUAUUUGAUACAUAUGUAGUAUUUGUCGUGAAUGUGAAGAGAGGUUUGGUUUAAUGAGACUUGUGUUUACCGAUAUCAUCUCUACAAAACUAUUUCCAUUAAAGUCGUAGGUUUGUAGUGA